UAUUUCUUUAUUUGUGGAUCUUCCCUAUUUUCUGGUUUCAUAAAGCAUGGAGAUUCAAGUUCCAAACUGUAAGACUGUUCACCUUUUUAAUUGUGACAACACUUUCAAACUGGAUUCAGUAGAAACACUCUUGGCUACAGUGAAAGGCAAAGUUGAAUUCGAAAUAUCGAUCAAGCAGCAUUGUUUCAAACUUUCGGAGAUGUCCUCUCUAAGUGACAGCAUAAUUCCCUCUCUUAGGAUGGAUUUUGCCGUAUUUGUCGUUCAUGCCCAUGAAUCUCGACUCUCUAUCAACGAAGACAACGCUGGCAUUGGUUACGCGACGAUCUACAAAGAUUUGCUGAGAGCGACCGGCGAAAAAGUUUUAAUCAUUAUAGGUGGUGACGACAACUAUGAGGGGAGAGAAGAGGAAAAAAAAACUGUCAUAUCACGUUGGGCUUGGAGAAAAGUUUCGUCACAAUUCGAAAAGGAAUAUCUUGACGGACGCAAAAGUUUCAUUUUUUCUUGGCACAAGAACCACCGAGAGAUUCACGAGAGGGCUCUUCUACACUUUUUUGAACCAAGCAAGGUGGGAGAAAAGUUUGAUUAUCAUCCACCAGAAAUGAAUCUACCAGCUGACACUUCUAUCGCAAUUGCAACAGCUGAGGAAAAUGAUCAGGAGCUAAAUCCUCAACCAGACAGGACACAAUCGACGCCGUCCAACGGUCCAGAAUAUAUUUCAUUGUAUCCAACGGAUAACGUCCAAUAUGUAAAUGAAUUUGAAGCAUCUUACAACAAGGACAAGGAGGAAGUAGUAGUGGUUGUGGGUCAUCAUGAUCAGAUUCCGUCAGGGUUGCCCCUCAAUUACCCAGAAGGUUCAGUGCUUCUAGAUACUAGGCUUCGCAAUGGGGAAGUCUCAGACGACACGAGAGAUGUGGUGUCUAGAGUGGACGGAUGGCAGGUACCGGAAGGCUACAGGGAGCAUCUAAGAAAUAUUCACGCAAAAGAAACCAACCUUAGAGUAAAGUUUGUAGUUCGCCAGAACCAAAUAGCCACGAUUAUAGUCCGAAACUGGUUCGGACCGUUUUUGGGAGGAUGUUGCACAAUGCUCUGAGCCUUAAAAGUUGCAAAAUUUUUCAACAAAUUUUCAUUAGCAACCCAAAAGUAAUAUAGUAUACAUAUUUUUUUUGGAGCAGAACGUCCACCACUUCUCAGAAAAUAGAUAACUGAAAACUGUGUUUUUGACGCAUGGCAAAGUUCACUUUACUCCUGAGUUUGAAUACUUGUGGAAAUAGUAAUCAUUGUAAUGACAUUAUUGAUGUAACACUCACAGGAAACUUUUCAAGAUUUCCAGUUGGGAUUUAAGUGGGAAAUUUUCCCAAUGUUGGGGAAAAGCUGGGACAAGAAAUUCCUUUUUUGGGAUUAUUUUGGGAGGUAGCUGUUUCACAACACCUGUUAAAUGGGUUUUCAUUGGGAAAGACAAAGUGCUUUCUUUUGUACCCCAAUUUUGGGAAAAAGCUGUGAAUUUUUCCCAUGUUAUUCCUGAAAGAGUGAAAAAUAUCUAAAGUUAUUUCCAGCCUUCGGGAAAAAGUGAACAUUUCCCCAAGUUAUUCCCAGAUUUGGAAAUAAAAUGGGAAUAUUUGAGAAUAAAAGGGGAAUACUCUCCAAAGUUAUUGCCAAUAAUAUUCAAUGUGAAUAAAAAGGGAACAUUUUUUCAAGUUAGUUCCUGAUGUGGGAUUUAACCAGGUAAAUAUAUCCAAGUCAUAGCCAUUCCCAAAAUUAUGAAUA